GUAAUUUGGCAACAGGAAGAACCAUCACACAGUCAUCAACCAUUGGCACCUGGCUUGGUCAACAAGCUAUUGAUUUCAAUCCAGGUUUCAUACAACCAUCGUCAUCGUGUUCCUCAACCACUGCUCAAACUAACCCAUGGUGGAGGGUGGAUCUGCGUUAUAUUUACAGAGUACGUAGAGUUGUCAUCACAAACAGACUAGACUGCUGUCCAGAACAAAUAGACGGAGCAGAGAUUCGCAUCAGAAACUCUUUGGAGAACAACGGCAACAACAAUCCCAUAUGUGCUGUGAUUUCUAGCAUUCCAGCUGAUGUUUCCUCCACCUACACAUGUAACAAUAUGGAUGGUCGAUAUGUGAGUCUGUUCAUUCCUGGAGAUUCAAGGAUUCUUACUCUGUGUGAGGUGGAGGUCUAUGGAGAAGGUCCUGUACUGAAGAAAACCUUUGUGAAGAUGAAUCUGAAAUCCAGUUUGAGUCUGUCUGAACCUGAAAUGAGAGUCCAGCUCCUGUCACAGCUUCAGCCUGCUUUGGUGGAACGAGGGUUUUCUGACGUGAUGCUGCAGUGGUCUCAACCACCCAAAAAGGAAGUGAUGCAGAAGGAAGCUGUGCCAA